UGAUCUAUGUUGUAGAGGAAUGAACUGUCAGAAUUGCUGGGAAGUAUUUAAUUUAUUUUUAUAUCAAACUAAUAUCUGAUUUUAUUUGUAAAUACAUCUACUUCCGAGAGUUGUUAAUACCUUUUCUGUAGAUGUAUAUAUUUGUAUCUGUUCAUUACUGAGAUGUAUGUAAGUACAAUAUAUAUAUCCUUUACUUAAAUAUUAUGUUAUUGUUAACAUUUAAACUGAAUUAAUUUACUCUCUUUUUAUACAGUCGUCUUUUUUCAGAGCCUGUAGAUAUUAAAUAGGAAUAUACCAAGGAUUCAGUAAAAAAAAAAAUAAAAAAGGACACAAGAAAAUGCUAAAUCCUGAGGUAAUCAAAUUCCCAGCACCAAAAUCUCAGCUGACAUACACACAUCAUACUUGGGAUGACCCAAAGAGAAAUGUGACUUGGCAGCAUAUUAUUCAGGAUCACACUUUCAACACAAAGGUGGUGAUGCUUCUCCCAGACACACCAAUAGUACCAAAUUCUUUGUCUGACUCCUUUACUGUGGAUGCCCAGCAUUACUUAGUGAAGAACCUUCCUCUGGCAGAAUUUUGCACCCCAGUUUUCCUUCAGGCAUUUCGUCAAAAAGGUCACUUUCAUGCUUUAUGCUGUGACACACGCAUAGACGUAGAUAAUACGGCUGCCAUGACCCCUGAUGGAUAUCUUCAUAUACUUGUUGAUAAAUUUACCUAUCAGGAGCUCCAGUUACAUGGAACUCUUUCAUCUCACAUUCUACGCAAGCCUCAGGACAGAUAUGUCAUCAAGAUUAACACCAAUGAGAAGACCUUCAGACCAGGAAAGUCAUACUAUGAAAGGGUUACUUCUGCUCUUGGCCAUCCUCGGCUAAAAUUCAACUUUUGGAUAACAUGGAAGCCAAAGAAUGGUGAUAUAUGCCCUUCAUCAGUAGCCAAAUAUUUCCACGAUCUUGGAUUUGCUGUAGAAGAACAAUUUCCAGACGUGUAUAAGAGCAUAGCAUCUGAAGUGGCCAUGCCGAGAUUAGACAAGAGCCAAGAGGAUGAAGUGGAGGAACUGGAGCCGGAAGAUCUCUUGGAGUGGAUAGGUUGCCAGUCUUUAGGAAUAAGAUUAGGAACUGACCCAAGUUCUAUGUGUGAAUUAGUGAGGCCAAAGGCAUAUGACAUGGUCAGCAAUGUGAAUGCAGUUCACUGUACUGGAUUUUUCACCCCAGAGUAUAUUGUUUCCCUAGUCAGUACUUUGAGGAGCUGGCUGUUAGAGCGAAGUCCCACUUCUGUCCCUUGGCUUAGUGUGACAGUCUAUGGCCAUCCAGACUCGCCUGUUAGCUGGGGUCACCAGGAACACUCAUAUCGUUCCAAUGGAGACAACUUCUACACUCUUGUUCUGCAAAGGGAUGGUGUCCACGUCUUCAAAGUCUUUGGUUCUACACAACCCCUGAGAAUGUAUCCCAAAGCUAACAAUAAUAAGUAGUUAUAAAAAAAAAUAUUUUCUUCUUUUUUCUUUUCAUUUUCGUCCUUUUUUGCUAGAAAGUAAAAGUUUAUCUUUGAGUAAGAUAAUAUAUCAUUAAAUAUAUUAAAAUAUGAGAAA